ACUAACAUCUGUUUGUCAUCUGAAGUCGUAAACUGAAAUUAAAAUAUUUAUAUAAAUGUAGAUACGUGUAGUUUACUGAUUUUCUGUCUGUUAUAUAUCUUUGUUAAAUAAAAAGUUAAUUAUGUCUUCCCAAAAUCCUAAUGCUGGUUAUUAUGACUGGAACGCGAGUUCUGAAAAUCCUGGUGCCUCCGGUGCUGGUUACCGAUAUGAUUUUGGCACUCCAGAUUUCGGUACUCAACCACAAUUUGGGCAAUUUGAUUACGAUGCUGCCCAGGCCAUGAAUGUUCCUUCUCCAGCUGCACCACAAGGUCUCUAUCCCCCAAUAACUUCAUAUGCUGGGAGUAUAUUAACCCCAGAGACUGCAUCUCCUUUUGAUGCCAAUUCCCCAGAUAAUUUCGAAGACGAACCACCAUUAUUGGAAGAAUUGGGAAUAAAUUUCGAUCAUAUCUACCAAAAAACUGUGGCUGUAUUGAAUCCAUUUAAGGAGCCAAAUGCCCAAAUUUUGCAAGAAACUGAUUUGACAGGCCCUCUAGUGUUUUGUCUUUGCUUUGGUGCAUUCUUACUUCUGAGUGGUAAAGUUCAUUUUGGCUAUAUAUAUGGAAUCGGAGUUCUUGGUUGUAUGGCUAUGUAUUCUUUGCUGAACCUGAUGAGUGAAUCUGGUGUUUCACUUGGGUGUACCAUUAGCGUUCUCGGAUAUUGUCUACUCCCAAUGGUUGUCUUAUCAGGAAUAUCAGUGUUGUCUUUGAAAGGGCCUUUAUGCACUUUACUUACCGUUAUAGCUGUGUCUUGGUGCUCAUUAUCUGCAUCAAAGCUCUUUGUUUCAGCAUUGGCAAUGGAUCACCAGCAGCCAUUGGUAGCAUAUCCUUGUGCUUUACUUUAUGGAGUAUUUGCCUUGCUUACUAUUUUUUGAUCUGUUGACAUUUUACUCUGUAUCAUUGUGCAAAUGAUUGCUUGCUAAUGCAUAUUUAAUAUACUGUUUUUAUUGCUCAGUGGAAAAAAAAAGACUAAAAUUGGGACUGACUUAUUUUACAGAUUUUGUUUUAUGUAAGAUUUUUUCUUUCUUUAUGUAUAGUUGUUAAUUAUUUCAAAUAAAAUAUCACAUUGUUAAAUGUUUUCAGUAUUUUCUGCUAUCAUUUUUUAAUCUCUGUUUACUGUACAUUUAAGCUUAUUAGGUUGAAGAAAAUAAAACUGAUUAAGUUUGGGUUUUAUUAUAAAA